ACGAGAGGCUUAGGCGUCCACCGCCGUGCCUGUGGCCUCACUUCCGAGGCGGAGGAGGGCCCUAGAGAAGUGGCUGUCUCUUUCAGUGCCUGCAGCACGCCGGCAGUCGUUUCCGGUUCCAGUGAGUCAGAGAGAGUGAGAGUGUGUGUGUGUUUAAGGGGCGGAUUGAGGGGGGUGCUUCCUUGGUGAGGCUGUCGGGGAGCCCCGGGCAGGACGUGAACAGCAAUGGCGGACGGGGGUGCGGAGCGGGCCGACGGGCGCAUCGUGAAAAUGGAAGUGGAUUACAGCGCGACGGUGGACCAGCGCUUGCCCGAGUGCGAGCAGAUGGCCCGGGAUGGAAGGCUCCAAGAAGCAGUUGAAACCUUGCUGUCCUUGGAAAAACAGACUCGUACUGCCUCUGAUAUGGUAUCAACAUCUCGCAUUUUGGUUGCUGUAGUGAAAAUGUGUUACGAUGCCAAAGACUGGGAUGCUCUCAAUGAAAAUAUUAUUCUUCUGUCAAAGAGGAGAAGUCAGUUAAAACAGGCAGUUGCUAAAAUGGUCCAGCAGUGCUGCUCUUACGUUGAUGAGAUCACAGAUUUACCAAUCAAAUUACGGUUAAUUGACACAUUACGCAUGGUCACUGAAGGAAAGAUUUACGUUGAAAUUGAAAGGGCUCGGCUGACGAAUACUCUUGCAACAAUAAAAGAACAGAGUGGAGACGUAAAAGAAGCUGCUGCAAUUCUGCAAGAACUUCAGGUGGAAACAUAUGGAUCAAUGGAAAAGAAGGAACGUGUGGAAUUCAUCUUGGAACAGAUGAGGCUUUGUUUGGCUGUUAAGGACUACAUUCGAACACAAAUUAUUAGCAAAAAAAUUAACACGAAAUUUUUCCAGGAAGAAAACACAGAAAAAUUAAAAUUGAAAUACUAUAAUUUAAUGAUCCAGCUGGAUCAACAUGAAGGUUCCUACCUAUCCAUCUGUAAGCACUACAGAGCUAUUUAUGAUACACCUUGCAUCCAGGCUGAAAGUGAAAAAUGGCAACAGGCACUCAAGAGUGUUGUUCUUUACGUUAUCCUUUCACCUUAUGACAAUGAACAGUCUGACCUGGUGCAUAGAAUAAGCAGUGACAAAAAAUUAGAAGACAUUCCUAAGUAUAAGGAUCUUUUAAAAUUAUUUACUACCAUGGAACUGAUGCGUUGGACUACCUUAGUUGAGGAAUAUGGGAAAGAACUGAGGGAAGGUUCUCUAGAAAGUCCUGCAACAGAUGUUUUUGGAUAUACAGAAGAAGGUGAAAAAAGAUGGAAAGAUUUAAAAAACAGAGUAGUGGAACAUAAUAUCAGAAUAAUGGCAAAAUAUUAUACCAGAAUUACAAUGAAGAGAAUGGCACAACUCUUGGAUUUGUCAGUUGAUGAAUCUGAAGAAUUUUUGUCCAACUUAGUGGUGAAUAAGACCAUCUUUGCAAAAGUUGAUAGGCUGGCAGGAAUUAUCAACUUUCAGAGACCCAAGGACCCAAAUAAUUUACUCAAUGACUGGUCUCAUAAGCUCAAUUCACUGAUGGCGCUAGUUAACAAAACCACACAUCUCAUUGCUAAAGAGGAGAUGAUACAUAACCUGCAGUAAGAUGCCUCAGUAGCCUUAAUGCUUUAGGGAGGCAUUGGAUUGGUCAUAGAAAGAGACUUUACCCCACUGUAUAUCUGGUUUUUCAUCUUUCCCUUCCAGGUGAAACUUAGAAUGUAAUCACUCUUGAAGAAUUGUUGUCAAUUAAGUUCUUUUGAUUAUUCAUUUUGUUUAUAACAGUUUUUUGCCACAGUGGAUGGAAAAACCCAAUAAAAUUGUAUUGCCUGUGUAAUGGAAAUGGCGUUUGAUUAUCAGUUUGUCCCUAUCUAUCCAGGCAAUGUAUUUGCCUGAUUUCUCUUCCAGAUAUAUGAAUAUGAUGUAAUAUAUUGUUUUAUACAAAAAUGUAACAAGGUGAUUCUUUAAUGUUAAUUUUUCCUACAUGAGUGUAUCUAGAAUUUCAAGCAUGGCACUGAAUUACUCUUGUUAUUCCAUGCUGUAGCGUGGUAGUUUUAUAAGAGAAUGUGAUGGCAUGGAGUGGGCCGUAGUUUAAUUUCUAUUCCGAUGCAUACAUGUAUAUCAUUUGAUUUGUAUUUACUUACUGCAGUAAUGCUUAAGUACUUCUACCAGUAGCUCACUUUAUUGUGUUGCAGAUGGCUCAGCAUGUCUUGAUAAAAGGAACUAUCCAGACUGUUUCAGUUAGUCUCUAUGAUUUUACAAUGAAAGCAGAAUGUAAAUAAGGCAAGCUGUUUUUUUUCCCCAUCUUCUAGACUUAAAUAGCCGUGUGGCUUAACCUGUGGUCCUAUAAAUGUCUCGAAUUUAAGAUUUCCAACUCCA